AUGUAUAUGGUUCAUUUCGGUUUUUUGUUUGGAGUAACUCUGUGCUUAUAUUUAGCUGUAACUGCAUGAUGGUCGCUGAUACUUGGGACAGUUUGGACUGCCUCGAGUAGGUCUGGAGAAGAGGUGAAAACAAGGUCAAGGAUAUUUUUCCCACAUGUUGGUUCUUCAACCAUCUGCGUUAGGUAUUUGGGAAACAGUGGAGAGUCGAUUUUGUGCAAGUUUAUGAAGGCAGACUAUAGGAAAAAUGAGACUAACGUUACCACUCCAGAAGCAACAUAUUGGUAAUGCCUUUAAGCGACUUUGGAAAUACCAGAGUGCUCUAAAAGUGCAAGAGGCAAAGGUACCAAAACCAUGGGUGAGCAUGGAGAUUGUAGAUCCAAUUUUAAAACCAAAAACGAGGUAUGAACCAUUUAAAUCACCUGAUCCACGAUUAUGUCCAAAAGUAAAUGGAAAAGAGCAUCCAAAAUGGAAUGACAAAGUUGCUUACCGUUUCACACCAUCGACCAAGCUGAUUGAGGGGGAAAAACAAGCAGCAUUACUCUGCAAGAGCCAGGUGUUCUAUAAUCUACCAGAACAGCUGCAGCAGUUGACUGGAGUGGCUAAGAUUAAAGACCAGGAUUUACUAGUAGAGAAUUAUAUCCUGCAAGCGUGUAGGUGGGAUCCCAUGUAUGAAAGGUUGCCAAAAUUAUAUGACAGAGAGCGCCCGAAUCGUGUGUUUAGAAGGCAGUAUGGAAUCACCGAUAGGCGAAAGAGUCAUGUCAUCAUUCACAAUCUGGCACGACUUGCGAGUACUCUGGCUGGCCAAUACCCCGAGUUUCUACAGCAAAGACAACACAUCUACAACUCAUACUUCAGCUGUCCUAUGGAAAACAUGGGAGACCUCAUAUUGAUAAAUGGAACCGUGCACAUUCAUAUUACCAGCAAAAAAUGCCUGCCAGCUUUUGCAACUGAUGCUGAGGUCACGGCAAGUGAAAACCAUCACCUAGCGGACAUCUUUCCCCUUAAGCAGACUAUUGAUCUUUCAAAGGAAAACAUUUAUACUGCUGAAGAACAAAUAGGUUUAGCUGGAAGGACUGACUCCCACCCGCAUACCCUUCUCACAAGAAACCCACAUUACACUUACAUAGACAGCCAACUGAAUUCAAAGGCAAUGAUGCACUGCAUGGCUCACUGUAUAAUUGAAGCUCAUAGAAUGUAUGGGGCAGAUGUCAAGCAGCUUCCUCAACCAAUCACGGUGCAGCAUAUUGGCGUGAACCACACCGGUCAGGUGUUCUACUUCACAGCGUUCCAGUUGAAUACACUGGACUUCAGUAGCCAUGAUGGUGUAAAGAACUUCACAUGGUUUGAUGGUGGCAACGAGUUGUUCUCAGACAUCACCAAAGAUGGAAAUGUUGUUGGCUAUAACCCAGAAGUAUUCAAAAAAGUUCUUGCUUUCUAUCUAAAUGGUCUAUAGAAGAUCUGGGAAUAUCUGUGUAUGAUAGUCAACAGCCAAACUCCUACUUGUUUCAUGCUUUAGUUCGAAGUGGUGUCGAAGGUAUAUAUAUACGUCAUGUUUAUUGACGUCUCACGCAACUUCACACUUACAAAUAAUGUCAUCGAUCAAGCUGUGGCUACAUGUUACAUGGACAGGCUGUGUAGUAGGUUGAGGUUGUGAUGAAGCAGGUAAUUCAUACAGAUUUGCCUGACCACCUAGUAGAUCAACACCAUUUUUUAGAUGAUCCUGUAACUAUAUAUAUAUAUAUAAUACACGAUUAUAUUAAAACUGAAAAUCUGAUAUUAAAAAGAACUUCUUCUCGUCUCGUUAUCCGUGACAUUGCGGGACGAUAUGUAAUAAGGCUUAUGAUUGUGCAACGUGGUGUAUUACAACAGAAACCUUGCUAAUACUUGGAAAUUGCAAAAACUAAUUUGUAUCAGAAUAGCUUGUAGAUGCUUUUAAUAGAAAUGUAUAUAUGGCUUUUA